AUGAUGUCGCGAUUUUUAACGUAUUUUCUGGCUGUAUGCGUCGUGAUAUGCUCAGGCGCAAAACUGCCUCUGCAAGACGGUCAAGUAUUAAAAGAGGCGCCAGAGGAAGUCAUAUUCAGAGCUGACAAGCCAGAAUUAGUUCUGGAAUGUUCUACUGAAGACAAAAGUCAAGCACCCAUACGGUAUACCUGGUUUAAAAACGGCCAGAAAUUCGAACCAACUGGUGACGUGAGCCAAAGAGAUAAUGAAGGGACGCUUGUAUUCAAAAAUCCCAAGAAAGACGACGAAGGAAAAUAUCAGUGCCUCGCUCAAACAGACGCCGGUACAGCCAGCACAAGGAUUAUUAACGUAAAACUGGCUUUUAUCGACAAACCAAUAAUAAAACAGCAAAAACACAAGCCUAUUGAAGGUAAAACUUACCAACUGGACUGCGAAAUACCAAACAGCUAUCCCAAGCCCGAAAUACAAUGGAUUUUCCAAUCAUUAUCUGACCCAAGCAUAUCAAGGAACAUUCUAGAUAAAAGAAUAACUCUAGCACCUAAUGGAGUGCUGUAUUUCUCGAAUAUAACAAAAGAAGAUACUAGUUCUGAGCAUAAAUAUGUUUGUGUGGCUAAAACAUUAUCUGGUGAUGAAGUGGUUCUGGCUGAACACGUAAUUGAAGAUGUGACUCCUAGCAGUGGAACAGACAAUGAGCUGGUGCAACAAUACGUCAGUAGCAACGUGAUUGGCCAUGUCGGAAAAGUUACUAUGAUUUACUGCAUAUAUGGCGGGACUCCUCUAGCUCAUCCCGACUGGUAUAAAGACGGAAAAAACGUAAACAACAACCCGAAAGAUCGUAUCACAAGAUACAAUAGAACAGCUGGUAAGAGGCUGCUCAUCAAAGAAACCUGGACUGAGGAUGAAGGGAACUACACAUGCAUAGUUGACAAUGAGCUUGGAAAACCACAGGAGCACACCAUCAGUCUGAGCAUCGUCAGUGCACCACAGUUCACUAAGAAAUCGGAGCCAAAAGAAAGCAUUACAUCAGGCAAAGACGUGACUAUACCUUGUCAAGUAGCUGCCAUUCCAGCCGCGAAAAUAACAUGGACUUACAACGCUAAGAAAUUACCUGAAAACAACAAAAUUGUGAUUUCACAAACAACGCAAGGCAAUAUCACGGUUGCUGAUUUGACCAUAAAAAAUGUUCAAAAUACCGACACCGGAUAUUACGGAUGCAGCGCCACGAACGAAUAUGGCGAUAAUUACGCCGAAACUCUGCUGAUCGUUCAGUAA